GCUCCGUGUCCCUUCCGCACGCAAAGCAAACGUCAUCUAUUCCACCGGACCGAUCCCGGCAGGGCAUUGAGAUCCACGAAAUCCCCUCCGUACUUGCCUUGACCUCCUACAUAUCAGCAGCGGAAGCCAUGGCGCCGUCACUUCUACAUCCGCCCGGCGACCUGUCACCGGCCGAGGCGUACAGCCUGUACAAAAAAGCGCCUUCGGAGCUGCGCGACUCGCCAGAGUCCAUCUCCGCCUCACCACUAUUGUCGCUCCUCUCCGCGCCCGAGACACCCGAGCUAUGGAUCAAGUAUGAGAACCUCCUGCAGCUAUGUCUGCGAGCAGGAGAUGAUGUCGCGGCGCAUCGGUUCUUAGAAAGGCUCGUCAAGCGCUUCGGCGACGACAACGAGCGCAUGAUGGCCUGGAAGGGUCUCAUCAAGGAGGCGACCGCCAAGAAUAAUGGAGAGCUGGAGGCUGUUCUCAAGGAGUACGACUCCAUACUUGCCGCCGAGCCCAACAAUAUCCCUAUUGCAAAGCGACGAAUAGCCCUCCUGCGAUCAUUAGGCCGUGUCCCCGACGCAGUGUCUGGCCUUGUAGCCCUGCUAGACAUGUCGCCGACUGAUGCCGAAGCCUGGUCGGAGCUGUCCGACGUUUACCUGUCUCAAGGCUUGUACCCUCAGGCCAUAUAUGCGCUGGAGGAGGUCUUGGUGCUCGUACCAAAUGCGUGGAAUUUACACGCCCGGUUAGGCGAGGUAUCAUACAUGGCUGCCACGGCCCAAUCCGCAGCAAACGACACGACGCCCAAGCACCUGUCUGAGGCCACAAAGAGGUUCUGCCGCAGCAUCGAACUCUGCGACGAUUAUCUGCGUGGAUACUAUGGGCUGAAGCUUGUAACUUCACGAUUGUUGCAAGCGCCCAUCGCGCACCGAGUCGGUGGCGAUCAGGGCGAUCUCAAGCUCCCAGAUACGGCCACUCUGAAGCAGCUCGACGAGCUAGCCACCCAGAAGCUCGCAGAAAUUGUCCGGCGGUACGCGGCAAGGGAGCCAAGCUGGCGCGGAUACGACGAGGCGGAGAUCAAGGCGGCCCGCGAGCUACUUGCGCUACACUCUCCCGAGGUUGCCAAGUAAUUCCCGUCCAUCAAGCACCCGCAACCCAAAAGCCAAGAGAAACAAAAAAAAAAAAACCAAAUAAAAGACGGAUCCUCGCUCCCGUCAAGGGCUUGCGAGGAGGAUGCAAGGGGCAUUCCCACCGAGCCGGCAUGAUACAUGACCAAACAGUGGGGAGGGGUCGCAACCCCAGUGACAGCUGUUCCAUGCCUGUCUAGAUGGCAUACUGCCGCCGGUUUAUGUGAGUCACUUUACAUCCGAGGGCGAUCAUGCUGUCGAAGCGCGCAAUCGCCGGGCUCCCAAGUGUCGGCCCCAACGACCUUAUUUUACCUACGACAGGAUGAGAGGGCGGACGAUGCAGGGUUGGGUCGGGUUGACUAUCCCGGCGCUCCGUUUGAUGUGGAUACUGGGACAAAGCACUGGGACAAAGUACAGGUACAUUGAGCGGGCAGAGGCAACCAGCCCGGCCAGGCCACCGGCUGUGGGUCAUUGGGCAUCGGGAGCUGCACGUGGCUCCACUUGGGCAAGAUCGAGGGGAUGGCUCGGGGGUCGGUCAGCAGUCAGCAGGCACAGGUGGGGAGAAGGCCAGGGCCGGCCGGGAGACGGCGCAGGUAGUAUUGGCCAGGCGCCGCAUCGGUGCUUCGCGGGCGGUGGAGCGACGGAAACAAAAAAAAAAAACAUUCGAACAGAGGCUCUGUGUUCCCUACUACCCCGACCCGGCAGGCAGCGAAGGGCUGGCCAAUCCGGAAUCCCAGAGAAUGUUCUGGUCGCCUUGUUGGGCAGAAAACAGAUGAUGCACUGCCCCUGAUUGGGCUGCGAGACUCGCGUUUUUUUGGUCAUGCAACCGCAGGCUGUGCCAGGACCCGCGGCGCUUUCAUCCCGAGGUAUUAUUUCUUCCCGAUAAGCAGCGGAUGACGUACCUACUGUUCGCUCAGCUGGAUGGUUCGCUCGCUGAACUGCAGGCCGUGGGUGCUCUGGGCGAGCAGACACCCAGCACUGGAUGUAGGUGUUCUCAUGAUACCGAAGUACUUGGCAGCCCGGUAGAUGAGAGGUCACAUUACACACCGCAAGUGCCUUCCAUGCUAUGCUGUGUGUGCCUGCUGCAAUAUUUAUUUGUGUGCCAGCUCCUUCGAUCGACCACGUGUCCGGCAGCAAUACAGACAGUGUGUAUUAGUAGGGAGGCUUAAAGUCAACUGUGC